AAAUAACAAUAUACAUCAAGCUGAUAUUUCAAGAAUCUUCAUAUUACACUUUCUGCCACUCGCAAUACUAUCUUCCAUUUUAUCACUUUCUAUGUAUUAUUUUAUUUGGUCCUCAAUUCUACUAAGGCACGCAGGGAGAAUGUUAUUAUGACCACUGGCUGAAAAUGGAAACUAAAAGCACAAUGCCAAUAAGCAUCUUCAGCAAGAUACCUCUGGCUUUGAGGAGUAAAAAUCACUUUAUUUAGAUGAAUAAAGUUCAAGUUCAAAGAAGUGGCAGCAAGAACGAAGAUGUAGAAAGUAUUUAAAAUAUAAAAAUCCUUGUAAAAUGGGAAGAAUGAGUAUCUGUACCAGGACAGUAGAAUUGUCUUCUAGCUGGCUCUAUAUUUGAAGCUGAUUUAGUAAUCACUAAUGCAGUUCUGCAGCCGAGGCGCGGGGUGCCGCUGUUGGCUAGUACUGGAGCUCCUCCUGACGCAAAGGAAUCGCCCAAGGUCCGCGAAAUCUCGAGAACUACGCACUUUCUCUCAGGCUUUCUGCCGUGGAAAUAUCUAUCGGAGAAAUCUGCCCGCCAGGACUUAUCAAGGAGUCGCUCCUGCUCAGCAGUUCUUGAGAUCAUUUAGCGACCGCAGCUCUUCGGAAUCAGAAAGGUACAGGCACAGAGAGCGGGAUGGGAAACCGCUUGGGGCCGAAGCGCCUGGCUGGGCGGAGGCUAAUGCUGUUUCUCUUCCUGCUGUCUUUGUUCUCCCCGGCGCUUUCGGAGCAGAUCCGCUACACUAUUCCAGAGGAGCUGGCCAGCGGGUCAGUGGUAGGGAACCUCGCCAAGGAUCUGGGGCUUGGCGUGCGAGAUUUACCUACUCGGAACCUGCGGGUUAGUGCUGAGAAGAAAUUCUUUACAGUGAGCACCGAGAACGGAGACUUACUUGUGAGCGACCGUAUAGACCGAGAGCAGAUUUGUGGCAAGAAGUCUAUGUGUGUUCUGGAAUUCGAAAUGGUCGCAGAAAAGCCUUUGAACUUUUUUCAUAUAACCGUGGUGAUUCAGGAUGUCAAUGACAACCCACCGAUCUUUAGCCGAAAUAUCACUGAACUGGAAAUCAGUGAACUGGCCCUAACUGGAGCCACCUUUGCCCUGGAAUCUGCACAAGAUUCAGAUGUAGGUGUUAAUUCCCUGCAGCAGUACUACCUCAGCCCUGACCCACAUUUCUCUUUGAUUCAGAAGGAGAACCCAGAUGGCAGUAGAUACCCAGAACUGGUAGUGAAGGCUCCCCUGGACAGGGAAGAACAGUCCUGCCACCUCCUGGUCCUCACGGCUGUGGAUGGGGGAGAGCCAGCCAGAAGCUGCACUACCCAGAUCAGGGUAGUUGUGGCAGAUGCAAAUGAUAACCCACCAGUGUUCACUCAGGACAUGUACAGAGUCAGUGUUCAAGAAAACCUACCCCUGGGAUCCUCUGUGCUAAGAGUGAUGGCCACUGACUUGGAUGAGGGCAUCAAUGCUGAGAUCACCUACACUUUUAUCAACAUUGGUAAGGCAGUGAGACAGCUGUUCAAGCUGGACAGUAAAACAGGAGAACUCACCACUGGUGGAGAACUGGACUUUGAGGAGAGAGCGAGCUACACACUUGGGGUGGAAGCAAAGGACGGUGGACGUCACACUGCACAUUGUAAAAUACAAAUAGAUAUUUUGGAUGAAAACGACAAUGCUCCUGAGAUAACUGUGGAUUCUGAAUCUAAACAUAUACAAGAAGAUGCUGAGCUGGGAACUGUUGUUGCCUUGAUCAAAACACAUGAUCUAGAUUCUGGAUUUAAUGGGGAAAUCUUAUGCCAACUAAAAGGAAAUUUUCCAUUUAAAAUAGUCCAAGAUACAAAAAACACAUACAAGCUAGUGACAGAUGGAACCUUAGAUCGAGAGAAGACUCCAGAAUACAAUGUCACUAUCACAGCCACUGACAAGGGCAAGCCUCCCCUCUCCUCUAACAGAAGUGUCACCUUGAAAGUCACUGAUGUCAAUGACAACCCUCCUGCUUUCCAUCAGGCCUCCUACGUGGUCCACGUGGCAGAAAACAACCCCCCUGGAGCCUCCAUCGCCCAAGUCAGCGCCUCAGAUCCCGACCUGGGGCCCAACGGCCACGUGUCCUACUCCAUCGUGGCCGGCGACCUGGAGCCGCGCGCGCUGUCCCUGCAGGAGGCGCUGCCUGACCUCAGUGACCGCCCAGAGCCCUCUGACACCCAGGCUGAGCUGCAGUUUUACCUGGUAGUGGCCUUGGCCUUGAUCUCCGUGCUCUUCCUCCUGGUAGUGAUUCUGGCAGUCGCCCUGAGCUUGCGACGCUCCUCCAGCCCCACUGCUUGGAGAUGCUUUCAGACUGGUCUCUGCUCCAAGGCUGGACCUGGAGUUCUCCCCAACUAUGAGGAAGGGACUUUGCCUUAUUCCUACAAUCUGUGUGCUGCCGCUCAUUCCUCAAAAACUGAGUUUAAGUUUCUCAAUAUAAAGCUUGAAAAUACUCCACCACAAGAUCUUCUAUGUAAUGAAGCCUCUUGGCUUGAAAGUACCAGUGAUGACAAUGCCCAAAUGACUUCCAAUUCAGCCAAUUUGCAUCAGAAUGUUGCUUAG